AUGGGGUUUGAUCAAAAGCAGCCACAAUGGAUUCCCAAGUGCCACAAUCCCCAUUUACACCUCAAACAUGUCUUCCAUUUCCUCUUCUUUCUUGUAGGCUUCUCUCUUGGAAUCAUCCUUUGCUUAUACUUCAAAACAUUCUCCCUCACUCCCCAACCUCCUCCUUCUUCCUCCCCUCCGACCCCGUCUUCUCCGCCACCGCCACAACCGCCCUCCCCUCCGCCCCCGACGUCAUCGACGACGAUUCUAGUCUUAUCUAACGCCUCUUCAAGCGUUUCCCUUGAACAACAAAGCUCUCUCCUCCACAACAUGACCGACGAGGAGCUGUUCUGGAGAGCAACCAUGGUUCCAAGAAUUGAGGAGCUCAAUAACUCUGCUCCGAAGGUGGCCUUCAUGUUCUUGACGGCGGGGCCUUUGCCACUGGCGGUUCUGUGGGAGAAGUUCUUUAAGGGCCAUCAUGGGUUCUACUCCAUUUAUGUUCAUCCACAUCCUUCUUAUGCUGAUGAAAUCCCUCAAGAUUCUGUGUUUUACGGYAGAAGAAUCCCUAGUCAGCCUGUUUAUUGGGGAACUUCAAGCAUGAUAGAUGCAGAGAGACGGCUUCUAGCCAACGCCCUUCUAGACUUGUCAAACCAAAGAUUUGUUCUCCUCUCAGACUCUUGCAUUCCAUUGUUCAACUUCAACACCAUCUACAAUCAUCUCAUCACUUCAAACCUAAGCUUUCUCGCCUCCUUCGAUGACCCGAGGAAGUCCGGCCGCGGCCGCUACAACCCUAAAAUGUCACCUGCGGUGAACGUAACCGAUUGGCGAAAGGGUUCCCAGUGGUUUGAGAUACACCGCAAGCUUGCCCUCCGCAUCGUCUCCGACACGAGGUACUAUCCGAUCUUCAAGAGCCAUUGCCUCCCCCCUUGCUACAUGGACGAGCAUUACAUACCAACUUUGGUGAAUAUGUUGGAGCCACAGUUGAAUUGUAAUAGGAGCAUUACUUGGGUUGAUUGGUCCAAGGGAGGCCCUCAUCCAAGAAAAUUUGGAUGGAAUGAUAUAACCGAUGAGUUCUUGAAUUGKAUAAGGUUUGAAUCAACAUGUGAUCAAGAUCAUCAUCAAAAUUCUUCCACUUCCAUUUGUUUCCUUUUUGCUAGAAAAUUUUUGCCAAACACUUUAGAGCCUUUGCUACGGAUUGUUCCUCUAUUGCUUGGUAUUGAUCCAUAG